UGCCAGUUGCGGGAAGGUGAAAGUGGAACUGUUUUUAAUGUGGUUUGGCGUACUAACCUAGAUGGAUUAGCAAUAUACAAAUAUAAAUGACUUCCAUUUUAUUGGUUACAGUUGUUGUGUUUAUAUACAGUACAAAAUAGAUCGAGAUAGUUAGAAAAAUGUUAUCGGAAUGCGAGUUGGGGUCUGUGAGAAGCUUACUGUCCAUGUGUACAGAUGUUGCAGCACAGUGCAUGGAGCAGUAUAUUGAUACAGUGAAAGUGCUACCGCCUGCUCUGAAAAGUAAAUUACUAGUAGUUGCUUGUAACAGAGGCAGUGUUAACAGUAAAAUUUUGUGUUGCCUGCUCCAUCCAAAUGUAAAGACAUUGGAUUUGAGCGAGUGCAGUAUAAGUGAUGAUUCAGUACGUGCAAUAUAUAAAUGCACUCAUCUAUAUAAACUUGAUUUGAAUCCAGGAAGAAACCAAAAUAGAGAAAUUAGUACAGCAGUUCUGUUGGGUCUGUUUCCAAACAUACCAUACUUAUCAGUUUUAUACCUGAAUCAGUGUUUGGCUGUGGUGGAUGAGGUGUUAGCUUCCAUUGCUAAUAAUUGCCCAUUACUCACAAAACUUGACAUUGGUGGCUGCAUAGCAGUGACUGAUACAUCCCUGAAGUUGUUAAAUAAACACAAGUACCUAACUUCUCUAAACAUAUCACAUUCACAGGUAAGUGAUGCAGGCAUCUUAGCUCUUGUGCAAGGAGAAUGUCGAGAGUCACUUAGAGAACUGCGUCUUAACAACUGUAUACACAUCACAGAUUUUGCAGUUGAGUCCAUUGUUCACCACUGUACCAACAUGGAGGUCCUCAUCCUUCAUAAAAACCCUGUUUCAGAUGCAGCCAUAAUUGCAUUAGAUAACUGGCUUGCCAAGCCAAAAGUAAAGCAGCUAUUUUGGACUUACACCAUGUGAAAAGAAUGUAAAAUAUGAUGUU